AUGUACCGGCAGGGUUCUCCGGUAGACCGUCUUCCUGAAGAAAUACUUUCCUAUGUCUUUGUUCUCGGCGCGCAACCCGUCAAAUGGGGGAUGCCCUCGGAUGGCGUCGUUCUCCGCGACAACACCAACAUAUCUCCAUGCGCCGGGUUCCCGUACAAUCACCCCGUACGCGUUGCUUCCGUGUCAAAGCAUUGGAGACAGGUUGCGUUGAACACGCCCGCUCUCUGGAACAAAAUCUUCCUUUCUCUCCGCGAUGUAUACGAGGACACCGGUGACAUGGAUCUCCGCUUCGCUUCAAUGUUCCUGGAGCGGUCUAGAAAUUAUCGUCUGGAUAUCUUCGUGGAUGCGCGCGAUCCAGAAUGGGACUUUUCCGAGUUCGACCCAUCGACCGCCGGAAAUACUCCUUGUGAGGAUACCGACGUCGACGAUCGAUACUUUCACCCGUUUACCAUGACGUACAUGCAGGAUGCUCUGGGGUUGAUUCUAUCCGAGCUUCAUCGGUGCCGCUUCCUGACGGUCCUCGUCGAUCGCUGGUACCAUAUGUACUUGACGCUCUUGUGUCUCAACGGCGGAACUACCCAGGCGCCACUCCUCGAGUCGUUGAUCCUAAUGCGAUGCAACGAAAUUGUUGCGCACUCGCCUGUGUUCAAGCCCGAAACAUUCGCGGCCGCACCGCUCCUUCCCUUCCGCGGCGCCCUGGCCGGCACCGCCUAUCCGCGCCUCAACAGGCUAGUCCUGUCUGGGGUACACUUUGAUUGGUCUGCUUUCCCCUCCAGACUUCCUGACCCGGUCUCAUGCGGCGCUCGCUUGCAUUCGCUCGACCUGUCUUAUCUAUGCAAGGCCGUACGACCAAGCAUAACAGAGUUCCGCAGUCUACUUGAGCGCUGCUCUGCUUUGAAGGAAUUGUCUAUUGUGCUCUCCAUGCCGCGGCAUGAUCCGACAGCGGUGGACCUGGAUGUAGAACCUGUGGUACUACAUCGCUUGGAGAAACUCACCUUCGGCUACGACGAUGGCAACGACGCAGUAUACACCCUGCGCGUGUUUCAGGCGCCGAACCUUCGCGUGCUCACGCUGUGCGAUGCAACGUCUCCCACAGCUUUCUUCGAGCAGGAUGGCGGGUGCGUUCUGGCCUACUUUGCACAACAGGAUCCCAUCAUCCCGGAGGUCGGCACACUGCACGUCCAAGAGAUGCCUCUGCGGCCACUCUUUCCGCUGCUGGAGGAGGUCACCGUGCAUUCUGUCAAGGCAUCUGUGGAAGCGUUCCAGCUGUUCUUUGCAUCGCUCCCCCAACUCAGCUCGCUGAAGCUUUCGCGAAUGAGGCAGGAAUGCUUUGUGGCGCUACGUCCGAGCCGGCCCUGCGACCCGCCGUACUGCCCGUGUCCGCUCGUGAAUUGUUUCCGAGCGUUCGACUAUUUCGCGGUUUUACAGCCUCUCGUACUGGCAGUGCUCCAAGAGCGGUCGGACUACGGUGCUGUUGCUCACGACGUGCAGGCACAGCCCGUAGACGAGGAUUCAGAUUCGUCGGAUGAAGAAGGAGAUAGCGGCAGAGUCGAACUCAGCAACUUUGAGGCAGCGCUCUUUGAGUCGCAACUGCGCGCUGCGGGGAUGGGUGGUUUGUUGGAUGCAGCUGUAGCCGCGGUCAAUGCGGCGACUGCGACCAUGGCCAAUGCCCUGGCUCCUGCCCCCUUCAUUCAGCAAGCUCAGCAACCGGCCGCUCCCGCCACGGCUGGUCGACUCUGA